AAAAAAGAAUAAAAAGAAGCAAAAAAACAUUUGAGAGUCUCCGGACAUUAUUAGAACCAAAUUAGGGCAUAACCCUUAUCGAUCGGAGACAGAAGCCAUGGGAAGAAGAAAGGUUGAGAUCAAGCGAAUCGAGAAGAAAAGCAGUCGACAAGUCACUUUCUCCAAGCGACGCAAUGGUCUCAUCGAGAAAGCUCGACAACUCUCAAUUCUCUGUGAAUCCUCCAUCGCUGUCCUCGUCGUCUCCGGCUCCGGAAAACUUUACAACUCUUCCUCCGGCGACAACAUGUCCAAGAUCAUCGAUCGUUAUGAGAUACAACAUGCUGAUGAACAAAAAGUCUUAGAUCUUGAGGAAAAAGCUCGGAAUUAUCUUCCACACAAGGAGUUGCUAGAAAUAGUCCAAAGAAAGCUUGAAGAACCAAUCGAUAAUGUAAGUGUAGAUUCCUUAAUGUCUAUGGAGGAACAGCUCGAGACUGCUCUGUCCGUAACUAGAGCUAAGAAGAGUAGACAGAACUGAUGAUGGAGGAUUUGAAGUCCCUUCAAGAAAAGGAGAAGUUGCUGAGAGAAGAGAACCAGUUUCUGGCUAGCCAGGUGACAAACUCUUAUGCCCUAUGAAGCUGAGUAAUCAUAUUUGAUACACUAUAUAGAUAGAAACACCAAUACACUUGCUCAAAUAUAUAUAUAUAUAUAUGUAGAUUAAUUUCUUGUUAAUGUUUAGUAGCUGUAGAAAAACUAAAAGAAACGAAAGAAAGUUUCUUACAGAUGGGGCAAAGACGUUUCUGGUAACCGAAGGUGAGAGAGGAAUGUCAUUGGAAAAUAGCUCCGGUAACAAAAUACCGGAGACUCUCCCGCUGCUCAAGUAAUCAUCAUCAUCAACGGCUGAGUCAUAGCCUGAUUCAGAAUUACAAAAAAAAAAAGUUUGUAAAUUAGAAAAAGUUGCAUAAUCUCAAACCUUUUUUUAUCUUCCUCUGUGUGGAAAUUAAGGUAAAAAAAAGAACUUUUUUUAUAUACGAAAAAGUAUUGUAAAACUAAGAUAAAGAUGUCGACCUUUAUUCAAAAAAAAAAAAAAGAUGUCGACCUUUGUUGUACCUUCGUAGACAAGAUCAGAAUUCGUGUG